UUCGAGGUAGUUACUUCUCAAUUGGAUCUCAGUGAGGGACCGACAGAGCUGCACGGCGUCUCAUAAUUUCAGGACGAAUAAGAAUAUUUAUUGAAGGAUUCUUUUAAAUACAAUAGCAAUGACUGAAACGGAAAAGGCAGUUGAGAUCCGAGACGCGUACAAAAGAUACGCUCCUAACGCUGUGAUCCUGAGGGGCCUCAACAUGACCGUUGAGAGGGGAACAGUAUAUGCAUUUCUUGGUCCAAGUGGUUGUGGGAAAACCACUCUUCUGAAGUGUAUUGUAGGAAGGGAACAUUUAGAUGCCGGAGAAAUCAUUCUAGGGGUCCAAACCAAAGCUGGAAUAGGUUACAUGCCACAGGAAAUAGCUUUACUUGAAGAACUCACGAUAAAUGAAACUAUAGCUUAUUAUGGGCGUAUGUUCGGAAUCUUGGGAGAAGAUUUGAAGAAUAGGAAAUACAAUCUGCUCACUCUUCUGGAAUUGCCUUCUGGAAGUCGCAUAAUAAAAGACUUAAGUGGGGGACAAUCGAGAAGAGUGUCAUUGUUAAUCGCACUAUUACAUGACCCAAUGUUGCUAAUAUUAGACGAACCGACAGUCGGAGUAGACCCUUUGCUAAGUCAUAGUAUAUGGCAGCAUUUAGUUGAAUUGUCAUCAGUGAAGAAGAAAACCAUUAUGAUUACAACCCAUUACAUAGAAGAGGCAAGACAGGCUAAUAAGGUCGGUAUGAUGAGGGAAGGAGUUUUACUAGCUGAAGGAGAAGCUCCUGUAAUAAUGGAACAAUAUGAAUGUGAUACAUUAGAAGAUGUAUUUCUUCAACUUAGUUAUAACCAAGAAGGAAAUGAAGAAAUAGAAGAUAAAAAGGUAAUUGAAAAUUAUCCAAAACCAAAAGUCAAGCCCAAACUACCAAUACCAGAAGGAAAAUGGUUCACCUCUGACCAUUUCAUCUCUAACAUAAUGAAAAAUUUGUACUUUUUAAAGAGGAGUAAAAUAUCAUGGUUUAUGCUGUUUUUUAACCCUGUAAUUCAGUGCAUAUUGUUUGAAAUGGCAGUGUCAGAACCAAAAGGUUUAAAGUUGGGAUUAAUCAAUGAAGAACUUUUCAACGGUGACUGUGAUUCGUUUUCUAAUGAGACUUGCUUUCCUUCAUCGUGCAAAUUUACGACUGCUAUACAGGAGGAAAAUAUAGGAUUGGUCACAUUCGAGAAUAUAAAAAAUGCUGAAAGUGCAGCAAAAAAAAAUAAAGUAUGGGGUUAUGUACAUAUUCAUCCAAACUUCACGGAUUCUUUUUAUGCCAGAAUAAUGAGUAGUAAAGGUGUUGAUGAUGAUAUUUUGGAACAAAGUGAAAUAGAUGUCUCACUUGACAUGUCAAAUCAAUAUAUUAGGAACAUGUUGAAAAAAGCUCUCAUGACUUCAUUUCUCACUUACCUGGACAUGGUGAAAACUGAUUGCCAUUGGGAAGUAGAUCACAUCAAGUACCCAAUGAGACUAAAUAAGCCAGUCCAUGGAAUGGAAAAUCCUACAUUUGCAGAUUUCUCAGUGAUUGGAGUAUUACUUAUGAUCGAGUUCUUUUUACCAGUAACUUAUACAUUGGCCACACUCAAAGACAAACUGGAGGGUGUCCAGGAAAGAAAUUUGGUAUCAGGAAUGACUUAUUUAGAAAUAUUGACUGGGAACGCUAUGGUAACACUUGUUCUCUUUGUCUUUCAAUCUGCAAGUAUGCUGUGUGUACUAUAUGGAUUUUAUGGGCAUAUAAUUGAUGGAAGUUUUGCCCUAGCAAUACUACUGAUUUUUUGGGUUGGAGUGAGUGGAAUGUGUUUCGGUUAUGUUAUAGCAGUGACAUGUAGCCGUGAUACUACUGCACUGUAUAUGGCAUUAGGAACUUAUGUAGCUAUCAACAAUCUUGGAGGUUUGUUUUGGCCAAUUGAAGGCAUGCAUACCAUUCUCCGCUCAAUACAAUUUGUUCUUCCCUUAACGUGUGCUGCUAAUGCUUAUAGGGGCAUUACCACACAGUCCUGGCCUAUCACACAUCCUAUUGUUUACACAGGAUUUUUGUCUGUGACUUUUCAUAUUGUACUGUUAUGUUUUAUAAUAUUUGUAGUCAUUAAAUUGCAAAAAAGACUUUAGUUAAUUUAAACAUAAUUAAUAAGAAAAUUAAUUUUAUCUGUAAAUGGAGAAACUAAUAAAUUAACUACUAAAAGGCUGUUACAAACUUAAA